GCUUUCCGAUACAAUGGACUGUCUGUUGUCUACUUCCUGUUUCUACUCACCUUGCCGCUGAUGCCAAACCCAAGUUUGCUCACAAUGAAAGGGAACACGGGACAGUUCCUGCGGAGGAUCAUCUACGCUAGUUUGAUGUUCCUCACGCUACAGUGCUUCAUGCAGAUCCCAUUUGCCUACAUCACCCCACAGGUUAGUGGCUACUGGGAGGACUUCCUCUACCAUGUGGGCAUUGUGAGAUUCAGUUCGGUCGAUCCAGGGAACAUUGUCCGCCUCCUGGCACCAGAUGUGGGGCUUCUAGUCUCCACUCUCUCAAUACAAAGACUCUGCAAAAAGCUACUACGAGCUGCACCUCAGGUCAAUCUCCAUGAAAAUGGGAUCCCUCCCUCUGACUCUGAGGACCUGGAGACCUCUGACACAGAGUCCGAAGGAGGGAGUGAAUCCUCUGACAGCUCAGAUGAGAGCACGGUACCGGUUGAGUCCGUUCCACCUCAGUUUGUUCAGAAGCUGCUGAUGUUUGCGGCCGGCUUUAGACUACUGUUGUCAGCCAUCAUCAACACAGCAGGGAAAGUGGUUGUCACUUUGCUAUUGGGACUAGCAGGUAUCAUUCUUCCGUCCCUCACCUCUGGUGUAUAUUUUGGGACAUUCCUCGGACUGGUGUGGUGGUGGGUGAUUGGCAGAUCAAUGAGUCUGCUUCUAUUCAGCGCCCUCUGUGUGAUGAUGACCAUCUUCAGUGGAGGGCACCUUCUAGCGCUCUACGUCUACCAGCUGCCUCUGUCCCAGCAGAUGGUGCCACCUGAUGAUAUAUAUGCAAGGUUGUUCGGAAUGACAGGAGUGAUUCGAACCAACAGUUCUGACCCACACAUGCUCGGUUUGCAGCCCAACGUUAGCUGGCCUGACUUCAUCAACCCUUUUGUCCUGCUGCUGCUGUAUUACACUCUGGUUACGCUGCUGCACAAAUGGAUCCAUAUCACAGAGGAGGAUAAUGAUGACUGUGAUGAGAGUGCACUCUACACUCCAGAUACUCCGCCAAGUUUGUCCAGAGUGGUGUACAUCUCAGGAGAUAAGCAUGAUGUAAACACCACGCACUGUCUUUAUACCAUGGGUUUAUCCUGA